UUGAUGUGUAAACUUGACAUGAUUUUCUGACAAAAAUUUUUUAUUUUACAAUAAAAUACAAUUUGUAAAAGUAAUUAGUUUAAUUCCAAAAGCAAUGUUACAGUAAGUUUUACAAUGGAAUUUUAGAAAGUAUUUGACACAAAUGAAAAUACAAGUUCUGCAUAAAAAAUAAAUAAAACGUAACCUAAAAAAACUUGAACAAAAAUGAUGUAUAAAAAAUUAUUACAGAAUAUGAAUCCAAUAUUAUUAAUACUGUUCAUACAGAUAUUCAGAAUAUCACAUCAAUUUUACAUACCGGGUGUCGCACCGGUUGAGUUUCGUAAAGGUCAAAAGAUUGAUGUGAAAGCUGUUAAAAUGACUAGUGUUCACACCCAAUUACCAUACGAAUAUUAUUCGUUGCCGUUUUGUUUACCGAAAAAUGGCACACUUAUAUACAAAUCAGAAAAUCUUGGUGAAGUGUUACGAGGAGAUCGUAUUGUAAAUACACCGUAUGAAGUGCGUAUGGCUGAAAAUAUUGACUGUAAAUUAUUGUGUCACUCACACGAUGAUCCAAUUAAUUGGAAUGCCGAAGCAUCACAGAAGGUUAUUGAACGAAUUCGUCAUGAAUAUUUUGUUCAUUUGCUUGUAGAUAAUUUACCAGCGGCGACAAGAUACUUAAAUCGAGAUACGCAAGAAGUUCAAGUAGAGCAUGGAUAUCCUUUAGGGAUAAAUAUUAAAAAUAAACAAUAUAUUAAUAAUCAUUUAAAAAUUAAAUUAUUCUACCAUUCACAUGUGCCGCAAUUAUAUCGAGUUGUGGGCUUUGAAGUUGAAGCACAAUCUGUUCAUCUGUCUGAAAUUAAUUUUAAUGAUGGUACAUGUACAUUCCCAGAUAAUCCACGGCCGCAAGAAGUCAAUGGGAAUGCAGGCACAACCUUAUUAUUUACAUAUUCUGUCCAAUGGGAAAAGUCUGAUGUUAGUUGGGCGUCCCGUUGGGAUAUUUAUUUAGGAAUGAAUGAUGUACAAAUCCAUUGGUUUUCGAUUAUUAAUUCAUUAGUUGUAAUAUUUUUCUUAUCAGGAAUUUUAACAAUGAUUAUGGUCCGAACACUACGACGAGAUAUUGCCCGCUAUAAUGCGGAUGACGGAUUCGAUGAAGCUAUUGAAGAAACGGGAUGGAAAUUGGUACACGGAGAUGUGUUUCGUCCACCAAGACAUACGCGGCUCUUUGCUGCGGUUAUUGGCAGUGGAAUACAGAUAUUUUUUAUGGCUUUGAUAACAAUUUUUUUUGCCAUGUUAGGAAUGUUGUCCCCAUCAUCCCGUGGGGCAUUAAUGACAGCUGUUAUAUUUUUAUACGUGUUUAUGGGUUUAAUCGCCGGAUAUUUUUCAGCUCGGUUGUAUAAAACAAUGAAAGGACGUCAAUGGAAACGUGCUGCAUUCUUAACAGCUGUAUUAUAUCCGGCUAUUGUAUUUGGUACAUGUUUUCUAUUAAACUUUUUCAUUUGGGGUAAAGAUUCCAGUGGGGCUGUACCAUUUUCCACAAUGAUUGCAUUGUUAUUAUUAUGGUUUUGUAUAUCAUUACCAUUGGUAUUUUUGGGCUACUAUUUCGGUUACCGAAAACAACCAUAUCAACAUCCGGUACGAACAAAUCAAAUUCCACGUCAAGUACCUGAGCAAGUUUGGUAUAUGAAUACAUUUUUAUGUACAUUAAUGGCUGGUAUUUUACCAUUUGGUGCAGUAUUUAUUGAAUUGUUUUUCAUAUUUACCGCAAUAUGGGAAAAUCAAUUUUAUUAUUUAUUUGGAUUUUUGUUCCUUGUAUUUUGUAUACUUGUUAUAUCAUGUUCACAAAUUUCCAUUGUAAUGGUUUAUUUUCAAUUAUGUGGAGAGGAUUACCAUUGGUGGUGGCGAAGUUUCAUCGUAUCAGGUGGUUCAGCUGUAUACGUGUUUGCAUAUUCAAUAUUUUAUUUUGUUACAAAAUUAGAAAUUACUGAAUUCAUCCCCACUCUAUUGUAUAUAUCAUACACUGGUUUAAUGGUCUUAACAUUUUGGUUGUUGACUGGAACAAUAGGAUUCUUUGCUGCUUAUUCAUUUAUUAGAAAAAUUUACAGUGCUGUUAAAAUUGAUUGAAAAACAAAAAAAAAAAUUGAACUAAUAUAAUUUUUUUUUUCAUUUAACGAAAUAGUUGAAGAUCUGAUGGUUUAAAAGAUGCUCCAUUUUCACCAAGCUUUCGGUUUUUAAAGUAUUGAUAUGAUUAUGUUUGUCAAAAAAACAUUCUUCUCUUAAUUAGAUUGCGCAUAUUAUAGAAAAAAGAGACUCAAGUUGUCCAAAUCAGAAAUUUAUAUGAGCAAUUUGAAAUUUUAACAUUUUAGGCUAAAAUAAAUUGUUGGAAUAUGAUUUAUAAAUUGCGAAUUUAUUCAAUUUCAUGAGAAAUAAAAGAUUACGAAAAACCUGAAAUUGAUGACGAGAUAAGGCCGUACUUGGCGAAGAUCUAAUCUGGGUGGUAAAUCCGCUUGUGGCAUCCUUCUAAUUAUUAUUAUUAACAUGUGGCAAAUAUGAUCAUAAUAUCAACACUCGAAAAUAAUUUUAGCGUAAUGAAAUUUAUGUUGCAUUUUUAUCAUCAGAUUUUUGGCUAAAAGAACUAUCACCGUUUAAUUAAUAAUGAAUUAAGUGUAAUUUUGUAAUUUAAUUUUUAUAAUUUUUCUCUUAACACACACAAAGGGGAAAAUGUUGUGAUUUAAUUUUUAUAAAUAGUGAUAAAAAACUGUUACUUUUUCUUGAAAAUGUAUAUUUAUUUUUAUUUUUUGUUUGAGAAAUAAAGCAGCCCGCAGACGUUCAGUAUCCGCCUAUGUUUAACAUUCAAGUUGAAUUCUGUUUUAGUUAAAUUUCAGUGAAAUCAAUAUAUAUGAAAAUGGAUAUAGUUUUUUUUCGUAUUAUGAAACAAGAAUGUUGAACGUCUAUGGGUCGAUUAAUAAAAUUGAUUUACAUAAAUUUUAUUGAUAAAAAUAAUUGUGAGAAAUUUAUGAAGUCAAUUAUUAUUUAGAUAAAAUAGUGUUUUAAACUGUUUAAAGAGCAAAUUACAUUAUCCAAAACAAAGAAAGUUGGAUCAAGAUAUAUAUCUAUAUAAAUAAAUUAGGUUUGGCGAACUGAAAGGUGAUGACAUGGAAUUGAUGUGUUUAAAAAGCCUAAAAUAGUUUGGUCUGGAAAGUAUUUUGCUUUUAUGAUUAGGUGUUACAAAUUAGCUAUCAGACCAUAAGUUAAUUAUGCUCUAAAGAUUUAAAUGAGUUUACAAUUUCACUCAAAAUUAUCAUACCAAUUAAUUAAUUAAUUACAUGUCAAAUUGCCCAUCUAAACUUUUCAUGUGUUUAUCCUUUCUUAAAAUGCUAUUAUCUCGGACAUAUCCAACAUAUCGCUUUAAUCGUAACUGUCAGUCAAAUUUUAUGUAUAAAUUUUUUCUUAAUUAUUAAUUUUCGCUCUUUAAUAAUAGAGAUAAUUAUCUUAAUGACCUCAUUGGUAAAAUAAUUUUCUGUUUGCCUGUAAAAAAGAACUUUCUUUUGUAUUCUGCAUUUCUUUGCUUCAAUAUUACAUUGUUUAUUAAAAUACCUGUAAUUUAGAGAUCCACUUUCUAUGUUUUUAAUUUUAAAACGAUGGUUACAUAGAACGGCAUUUCUCUUGAACUCAAACGUAUUAAAAUCAAUUUCGUUUAAGUUCAAGAACUUGUACACACUAAUACGAAGCUCGAUAUAAUAAGUCAACUUAUUAAGAUUUUGGAGAAAAUCUUGAAAGAAGCAAAUUUAUUUCUUGUUCUUUAUUCUAGCACAAGAAAAUGUUAACUACCUUGUUAUUUUGUAGCUCCUCCUAUGCUCUUACCCCAAAUAUGAGGAUCUUUUGAUCUCUUUUUUUUAUGUUUAAAAUAAUGUAAAUAACUGCGAUUAA